AUGGCCGUCACGGCGCGUCGUGCCGCUCCCGUCGUAGCAUCGGGCAUGGUGGUUAUAACGCUUGUAACAUGCUUGAUCGUUGCCAAGACCAACAACGUCUACACUGGCGGCCUCGCGUGGCCGUACUUCUCAGAUCUCGGUCGAGAUUCACCAGGCUACUACAUUUUCUGCCUCGGCCUUACCAUUGUCGCGAUGGCUUUGUGUGCUACUUGGUACUUCAACUACAAAUUCCAGAGCUCGGCGUUGAGAAUCCCCACACUGCUAGGCUACGUCUCACCUUUCGUGGAUUGGACCGCUAGAGCUUCCACUGCCUUCGGUAUUAUCUCAACCGUCGGACUGCCGAUACUCGCUUUUUUCAGCACCGCAUCGUAUCCAUCAUUGCACAAUAACGCAGCGUACUGGUUCUUCUUGCUGGAAACUAUGGCCAUCUUUCUCAACACUUUUGUGAGCUAUCAGCUUUUCAAAAGCUCCGAGGUGCCUGAAGCCACUGCUGGGGAGAUUCCAGUGAUCUGCGACUUUGAGGACAUCGACGCGGAGUCAAAAUUCUAUGGCAUGCGUCGAACGCUGCGGCUUCAAACUGUCUGCAGUGCAUUAUUUUUCGUAGCCUUCUUGCUGUACUUGCCGAUCGGCCUCACUGUUGUCCAGCCUUUCAAGCGACUUACAAUUGACCAGUGCUUAGAACGCGAUCUGGGCGACUUGUACUGCUCUGUGACGAUGAAGUUCGACAAUGUGCACACGAAGCUCUGGAAUUAUGAGGACGACUACAAUGCCACGCAGAUGAGAGCAGCAGCACAACUUUGCUGCAUCUUGACGCUCGUAGGCUACUCAAUCUCCUUCCAGACACACCACGUCGAAGUUUUGGAUAAAGACCGAGAUCGGACAGCAACGUUUGAGGCAUCAACAGGGAUACAGACCAACAAUACUCAUUUCUGCGCGAUCCCAUUACUCGUGUCGCCUUCCGAUCGACCAUCAGAGACUUACUUAGUGAUUGAUAGUACAUGA